GUUUUUUUCUCCUUACUGCCGGUGUGAGUUGAUUAGUUUGUUGGAUCGAUCAUAGAUAGGUUUGUUAUAUAUCUUGCUGUUUUGUUGUUCUAAUUAUAGUUUUAGGAGAGUCCACGUAAAUAAUGAGGGCGUUGGAUUUACGGUGAUGGCGAUGGCUUAUGAGUAUAUUGAGAGCGGAAGGUAAGAUGAGUACUUUUUUCCACAUGAGUGCCAUCAUGAUCUAAUGCUUCCCUAUAGAUAUAAUUGGUUUGCUGCUUUGGUUGGGAACAGGAAUGAUAUGUGUCUAUUUUUUAUUAUCUGUUAUGAUUUAUUGUUCUUGGAGGGGGAAGGCGAGGACGGAAUGAAGAUAAGUUGGAAGAGAUGGACGGGUGUGAUAAAUAGAAGGAAGGCUUUCAAGCAUAUAUGAGGAACCCGGGUUUGAGUUAAGUAAAAUAUGGAUAGGUGGAAGAAUGAAAGAGGUUUUUUGUAUGUCUGUUGUUGGUUGGCUGUUAUAGUAAGUUCUCCGGAUGGGAAGAGGGGGAAAGAUGGUGACUUUCUGUUG